UUACCGCAAAAAAACAAAAGGGUCUUUAACAUUUCCGCUUCUUCGUUUGCUUUUUAAUGUUUGGUUGACACAUUUAUUUAUUUUAUGAAGUUAAGAUGAUUCCUAUGUUGAUUCUGACAAAGAUUACGUUUAAUUUUGUUUAAUAAUAGUUAAAAGUUUAAAUUUCAUAAUUUAAUUAAGUUUUCUGCAGCAUCAUGAAUAACUCUGCAGCAAAGGUCGGGGAGAUCUUUCGUGAAGCAGGCAGUGCGUUCAAUAAGUUGUCGGAAAUGACGAUGCUGUUACAUCCAGUCGGAGAUUCACAACCAGGUGGCAAAUGGACGGAAGAAGAAAUUGAGAUGCUACGUUCUUGCGUCCAUCGUUUUGCCGUCGAUCUCAAUAAGCUCAGCCAGCACAUCAAGAGCAGAACAGUAUCUCAAAUCCGAACAACACUAAAGAAGAAGGCUUUCGAGGACGCAGGUAUACCGGUACGUCAGGUUAGCAACUCAGUAAACAACGUACCACAAACAACACAGGUAGUCUCGUCCCUGAGCCUCCUUCAACCGAACAUAUUAGGAAAGAACGCCGAGGUGACACUGAACAUGUUAAACGCCCCUGAGAACGAAGUAGAUGUCGAGGGUCUAAAUAACGACGUCAAGCUGGAGUUCGAAGCGGGAAAUGAAGAAGUGGCCACCUGAAACCUGCUUUGCUUCACGUAGGAUCACCCUGGGGUGAAUGACUAACCAUGGCACUAUAAAUCAUAAAUUACGUCACACCAUUGAUUUCAUCACGAAACAGCUAAGUGACCUUUUGCAACACCAUGUGACGUGAUUUAUUCACUAAUGCUGUAGAGCUAGACAAAAACAGUGCGGCACUAGCGUCAUACGAAUUUGUUCGUUAAUGGCAUUUAGUCACGUGACAACGAGUUCGUCUGGCGUAGUUGGCGUUUCUCGCAGUGUUUUUGUCUUGAUCUGAUUUUUAUUACAGUACGAUGUUGCCAUAUUUGGUAACUGAUAAAUGUUUUAGUUGGAAUUGGAGGACAAAGAGUUUUUGACUCUGCUUCUUUUGAGUUUAAGACAAAAGCAUUAGUGAAACGGUGUUACUUCAUGUAUGCAUCUUGCAGCUUGCAUAUUGGAAGUUCCAUCGUAACGAUAGUUUUUGAAUAUGUUUUUUAAUUAUAUUAUUUUAUCGAUUAUGCACUGAUUGUAAGUAGCAUCACAAUUAUAUUUUUAACCAAAGUGCCCAUGGUUAGUAUUGUAUGUCAUGAUGGAACAUUUAUAUUCAUUUUUUGAUUUGCAAUUAUAAUUUAAAAAUUUUAAUGAAUUAAAUUUGAUUUUUUUAUA